GUCCUCCCUCCGAGCGGUGGCGCUGCUGAGCGGCUCCUUCCUCCGCUCCACAGAGCCGGUGUGUCUCAGCGAGGAAACAUCAAACUGAAAGUGAUCUUUCAGUCUUCAGACGGAAACUUUGGUCCUUUCAUAAAAAGGAUAUUUUCAGUGACGUGAGAAAAUGUCUCGCAGAUAUGACUCCCGGACUACCAUAUUUUCUCCUGAAGGCCGCCUGUAUCAGGUGGAGUACGCGAUGGAAGCCAUCGGUCACGCUGGAACAUGUCUGGGGAUCCUAGCCAACGAUGGAGUUCUAUUAGCAGCGGAGAGACGCAACAUCCACAAACUGCUGGAUGAGGUUUUCUUCUCUGAGAAGAUCUACAAGCUCAAUGAAGACAUGGCCUGCAGUGUUGCUGGGAUCACAUCAGACGCCAACGUUCUGACAAAUGAGCUUCGGCUGAUUGCACAGAGGUUUCUGUUGCAGUACCAGGAGCCGAUUCCCUGCGAGCAGCUGGUCACAGCUUUGUGUGACAUUAAACAGGCCUACACACAGUUUGGAGGAAAGAGGCCGUUUGGUGUCUCCCUGCUGUACAUGGGCUGGGACAAACACUACGGCUUCCAGCUGUACCAGAGCGACCCCAGCGGCAACUAUGGAGGCUGGAAGGCAACCUGUAUUGGAAACAACAGCGCUGCUGCCGUCUCCAUGCUGAAGCAGGACUACAAAGAGGGAGACAUGACGCUGUCCUCUGCUCUGGCUUUGGCCGUCAAAGUCCUCAACAAAACGAUGGAUGUCAGUAAGCUCUCAGCAGAGAAAGUUGAGAUUGCCACCCUGACACGGGAAGAUGGGAAAACAAAGAUCAAGGUUCUGAAACAGAAAGAAGUGGAGGAGCUCAUCAAGCGGCACGAAGCCGAAGAGGCCAAGGCUGAGAAGGACAAGAAGGAGAAAGAGCAGAAGGAGAAAGACAAAUAAUUCCACUGUUUUAUGCCCAUGUGUCACCAAAUCUGUAUUGUCAUGUCUUUUACAUUAAACGUUUGGAAAUUAA